UGAUGUUACUCGGGUGUCACAUAAUGGUGGUGGUGGUGGUGGUGAGCGCUGUACCCAAAGCUGUCCAGGAAGUGAGUGGGUCUAUGGAGCAGGUGGGCGUGGAUGUCGGUGUGAUGAUGAGUCAGGUUUUGGAACACCAUCUCACUGGCUGUCACCUAGUGCUCGUCACAACUACACUGCAUUUAUACGUCUCCACCAGUGUAAUAAGACACAUGGGUGUGCGUGUAGAGGCUGGAGUGGCAGUGGAAGCUGGGUGGAUGUUGUCCCAGGACCAGCUGACCCAGGACCACCUCCUGCAGGGGCUGUGGGGAGACAUCAGAACCACCUGCCGGGCCCUCAUCCUUGAUCUCACUGCCAACAACAGUGCUGAUUCCGUCAUGAAGUUGGUAGAGGUGGCAGGACUCUGGCAGAGGUCAGGUACGGUGGUAGUUGUUGUGGGUAAGAGGGCAGGAGUGAAGGCCGUACUCCUCCACCAUAGUCUCCGUAACACACUCCACGCUCUCUACCUGGCCCCCCAUGACCUGACCUUCCACUCCCCACCACGUUCCAGUAACUCACGCCUCAGGAAGGUCCUCGAGAAGGAAGGUUAGAGGGUGUACAGGGGGUAAUAGUUGUAAUUAACAUUUUCAUGAUCAUAGAAACUUCUUUGGGAAAACUCAUUUCGUACAAAUGUAAAUGAUGAACACGAUCCUUCG